GAUUGUGAUUGUCGGUUCUCCCACUAUCAGUGUCACACGUCACGAAAUGUAAAAAUCUCUCUAGUAAUUUACGAUUGGACACGUUGGUCUAACAUACAAAAGAAGAUUAGUCCGGUUAACAGUAAACACAAUGUAAAAUAUUUGAUUACACAUUUACUAAAAUGUUGAUGAAUUUAAUUUUGGUAGAUCAUAUAUACUAAAUUUUUCUUGUAUCAUGUAAGUUUUGGUCAAAAGAAAAUGUAAAAUUUUGUCGACUUUGUCCAUGCUUGCAUAACACUACAGUUAUAUUUCAUAUGGUUUCGCUUUUCAAUAAUUAAGACUUUUAAGAAGCAAUCAUGUUUACUCUUUAUCUUUGAAAACAAGUCACGAUAACCUGAAAUGUUAUAAUCAGUUACGUAAAAAAUCAUUAAGUUUUUUGCAUCAAUAGAUUUGAGUUACUAGUUUAAGAAAAGACGAAUUGUUCAGAUUAAGGAAAAAUACUUAUAUGAGAUUUUCAAUUUCAUAAGACAUUCAAGAUGGUGUAAUCAGAUAUAAAUCUUCACAAUUCAUAAUUAUCAGCUUUGAAAUUGUCUUGUAAUUUUUAUAAUGUGUAAUAAUCUAAGUAAUCGAUCGGCAUUAUAACUGUAAUCUUUAAAUGUAAGAAAGUACAGGACUACAAAAACAAUAAUGGGUUUGUCUUGUAGAGCUUGUGGAUCGGACCCGGAUAGCAACAAAGUGAGGUGUGUAAUUAAAAAAAGAAACAAAGCACAUGAAUCACCAUUGCGUCCCAUGUGACCUAGAUCCAACAUCUCCUCCUUUUCUUUUAUGAGUUUUGACUAGUACAUAGUUUAUUGUUCUAUAUAUAUGUUGAGAUGAAUAAUUAAAUCGUAAUGCUACCCCUAGCUCAUCGACGGAGGCUCUAGCGAGUGCUCAACAGCUAUGGAGCAAUGAGCUUCAGCCUAGUAUCGUAUCCUUUGUAAGGAAUAAUCCACUGCCAAAACUAAGUCAAGAUUUUAUUCAUUUAGUGAGAGAAUAUUAAGAAGGUAGAGAUUAUGGGUAUUGCAGAGAACACCAAGGCCAAAGGCGUAAACCAAUGUUCGGAGAUGGUCAAACCGGUGAUAUAUAAUUGGUGAUAUAUAAUUGGUCACCAUCUUUGGACACGCCUGGAAGGAGUUUGUCAGUGGCUCAAUUUAUGAGUAUCUCUCUUGCGAUGUUGCAUUAGAAAUGUGUGCCUCGAAAAGAAUAUGCCAAUAUUCAAACAGUAGUAACUGAUAUCAAAGUAUUCAACGUGUGUGAGAGAUGAUAACGUUUUCACACAAGAGUUCAUUUUUCACGCCAGCAUAUCACAUUGCUCAUAUGGUGUUGAAUGCGCCAAUGAAAAAUGACUACUUAAUAAGUAUGUCUUACUAACUUUGUUUGAUUUAACUAAUGGAUCUGAUUAAGGGGCGACAUAACUCAUAACUGUAAAUAUCAGAAAGGGGGAAUCAAUGCACAUUAAGUCAUGACCCCGACCCCUGCGUCCCAUGUGACCCAGCCAACAACUCACCUGACUUGAAUCAUUGCUUCUUUGUUUUCUUUUUCCUAUCAGUUUCUGUCUACUGUUUUUUUCUAGUUCUAGUUUGUAAUUUCCAGUUAGUUUCUUGUUCCUCUUCUAUAUUCUUCCAAUUUAGGCUAAACGUUAUUAUCUUGGCGGAUUAGAUAUUCUAAUGGAGUCUACCAAACAUGGUUUAUAAUAGGAAAGACAACCUGAUUCCAUUUCAAUAUAUUUCAUUUGUAAAUAUACAUUUUAUUCAUAUCCUUCAUCUAUUCCAGCACAAUUUUCAUACUAGGGCAUCUCCAAUAACUGCCUUCAUUUUUCUCCUCAAAAUAAGUUUAUAUAAAACAAAAUUACAUAAAAUUUAAAGACUAAUUUAUAAAUAAAAAAUCUUUACACAUAAUGAAAUAAAACAUCAAAAUAUGAAGAAAAUCUUUUCCCUCAAAAUGAUGCACAAUUGGAAAAAAAUUUCCUACAUAUUUUGAUAUUUUCCCUCAAAAUGAGGGACCAUUGGAAAUGAUUAAUGUUACUAUCAACACUCCACCAUACGAGAGAGGGAGAGUUUAGGAUUGGCGUCACUCUUCGUGCAAACACACACAUUCUAAGAAAAAACAAAUAACGCAUUCAACAACCAUUCCGUUGUGUUCAGACUUUAGAGAUUUAUACAACAGCCAUUCCACUGAUUAAACAAAAAUCAAAAUCUAUCUCCCAUAUAAAUCUUACAAAUGAUUUGUUCUAAAUUCCUCCCAACAUAUAAAUAUAUGAAUUGCAUUUCAUUUUAACAGUCAGUAUCUCAUUAAAUUAAAACUCAAAAUAAAAUACAUUCACCUUUGCAUAAUGCUUUCACUUUUUUUUUUUUGCUAAAGCUUUCUUUCUUCCUUCUCUCAAUUGAGAGGAAACCUAACCUGUUGUGUGUGUGAUCUCUCCAUGGCGACGAUGGCAUUCACCCAACCGAAGAAGAACCUACUCCCUCUCCUCCUCUUCCUCUUCUGCAUCUCCGUAAUCAUCCUCCUCAUCCUCCUCUCCGAGACCACACACUCCGUCUCCCAACGCGACGCCACUCUCCAGCUAAACCACAACAACGCCCUCCCGCCUUUCACUUUCCUCAUCAAAGUCCUCACCUUUAACCGCCUCCACUCCCUCUCCCGCUGCCUCCUCUCCCUCUCCGCCGCCGAUUACGGCCUCGCAGGCAACUCCCAACGCAUUCACCUCCACGUCUACAUCGAUCACUUCUCACUCUCGUCGCCUGAUUCUAAAUCCGUUGGAGAUCGCUUGAGUAACGCGAAGGAGAUCUUGGAUUUCGUGGAUAAGUUCGAGUGGAGAUUCGGGGAGAAGCUGGUUCACUAUCGGACCGGGAACGCUGGAUUGCAAGGGCAGUGGCUGGAGGCGUGGUGGCCGAGCUCGGAUCACGAGUUUGCGUUUGUUGUUGAAGACGAUGUUGAGGUUUCUCCGCUUUACUAUGGGUUUCUGGAGAGCGUGAUUCGUAAUUACUACUAUGAUCGUUCUAAUUACGAUCCUUCUGUCUAUGGAGCUUCCCUUCAGAGACCAAGGUUCGUUCCAGGUAAGCAUGGGAAUAAACUUCAUGUGGAUCCCAAAACGAAUGUUUUCUUAUACCAGUUGGUGGGAACUUGGGGGCAGCUUCUCUUUCCCAAACCGUGGAAAGAGUUCAGACUAUGGUAUGACGAGCAUAAAUCAAAGGACAAGAAGCCUUUCCUUGAUGGCAUGGUGACGAAUGGAUGGUACAAGAGGCUGGGAGAAAGAAUAUGGACGCCUUGGUUCAUAAAGUUUAUUCAUUCCCGUGGCUAUUUUAACAUCUACACCAAGUUCCCAAAUGAGAGGGCGUUGAGUGUCUCUCACAGGGAUGCUGGUGUUAACUACGGAAAAACCGCUGGGCCAGACUCGCAGCUACUGAAUAAAAGCACCAUCAGUUCUGAUUUUCUGAAACUCCAGCCCUUGAGCAACCUUAAGUGGUACGAUUACUGUUUCAGUGAAGUUGUUCCCGGUAGAGUUGUUAAGAGCCUGAAUGAGCUUGGCACCAUUCUUCCUUCUGUGCAGAGAGAGAAAACCGUCGUUCUGGUCAGUCUAUUUGAUGCAGACAAGAUGUUCAUCAGGAACUUACUAUGCCAUUUCGAGAAGAUUGGUACUCGAAACCACGUUUUUAUUGGCCCUAGCUCUGAGCUGUUCUAUGAUCUUUCGAGAAGAGGACACCCUGUGAUUGACGCGGAUAUGUUUCUCGACAAGUUGGUGAAAAGCAAAAGUUCUUACUCAAACUCAGCGAAGGAGGCUAUGGGGAAUGCUUACGUUGUUAAGAAAUGCUUAGAACUUGGUUACAGCACAUGGGUGUUUUCAAGUAAUGCGCUUCUGGUGGAUAAAAGUCCACUCCUCGACAGAGUCAGAUCAGAAUACGACUUCUACAUUGGGGAAAGCUCUGGGGUAUUGAUUGUUCAAUCUUCACCGGUCUCUCAAAAGUUAUGGAGUAAUGAGCUUCUGAAUAGUAUUAUAUCCUCAGCAACGAAGAAUCUAGAUUUUAUUCAUCUAGUGAAAGAGCUAGUGGAGCGAAAGGGCAAGAUGAUUAAGACAGUAGAGACGAUGAGUAUUGCAGAGAAUAACAAUGCCAACAGCGUUAAUCAAUCGUUGGGAGAUGGCAAACCGGUAGUCUAUUGGUCACCUGAGGUUGAUUCCAAUGUCAUUCGGACAAAGCUUGAAGAAUUGAAGUUGUGGCUCAUUGAUGAUGAUCUGUCUUGCAAGGCCGUGAUUUGUCAUAGCUCAUUACGUUAGAUAAAAAAGGAAGCUAUUGGCGUUUUCUGGCGAUGGCAUCGGAAUGAUUCACGGGUGAAGCACGGGGCUGUGUGAGGGAUCAGCUGUAUACCUGGUAAGAGAAGUGAAACUGAUUGUGAUUUAGAUUAUAAAAGCGGCAAGUACUAGUACACGUUUUAGAUCAAUACCAAGAAUAUAUAUUGUUUGUUUGUUACCCUACAGGCUACAGUUAGAGAUUUAUCCUUCUUAUUUUGAGUACAAUGUUCUGUUGAGAUUUUUCUA